GCCACGCCCAUUUCCGGCAAGGCGUCUUAGCCGUUAACAGGAAAGAUCACCAUUGUGAACGCAGCAGCUACCACAGCGACACUUCUGACUUACAGCUAGUUUGAAAUGGCUCUUUGACUCCAGCCAAAUCCCAUCAUGGCUGUCUGUCUCGUCUUUCUACUCAGCAGUCUUGGCCUUGCUAUUACUGCUCAAGCUCAAGACUGUACCAAGCCUGUUCCAGAACCCAACAUGACUUUAAAGGACAAAGACAUAGUUUUGCAAGAAUUCCCAGAUGGGACCAAAGUAACUUUUACCUGUGGAGUUGGCUACCAGUCUGCAGGAGGGUCUGGAGCCAGUACUUGUUCUGCUGGGAAUUGGAGUCCUGUGACGCUGCAAUGCGAGAGGAAAAACUGUGGUGCACUUGACGCUGUAAUAAAUGGUGAAAUAACUUACCCUACAUCAACCCUGUUUGGUGAUACAGCGGUGGUAAAGUGCAACGCUGGAUACAUACGGGUUGGUGGAGGUACAAUCCGCUGUGGAGACGCAGGCUGGUUGGACAGGUUGCCUGUAUGUGAAGUGUUGAAGUGUGGUCCACCACCUGCGAUAGCUGAUGGCACAUUCUAUCCAGAAAAAGACGAGUAUGAAUACAACGAAGUUGUGCGUUACACCUGUCAGAAGGAUUUCACUCUCAGUGGAUCCAAAUCAGUCUCCUGUUCAGACGAUCGAAAAUUUACACCUGCAGCUCCAACAUGUAUAAAUGUUCAAUGUGAAGCACCAAAAAUCAACAAUGGCGACUUUACUGCAGGUGCUCGGUAUCCUUACAAACACCAAUCUACAGUGACACAUAAGUGCAGAACUGGAUAUAUGAUGAUAGGACAAAGUACCUCUGUAUGUGGAAUAGAUGGCCAGUGGUCACCUAAACUUCUGGAAUGUAAACCCAAGCCAGGUGGAGAGGAGGGUAAUGGUGGUCUAGGGAAAGGCAACGGUGGAAGCAGCAUUGGUAAAACUGUGGGGAUUAUUAUUGGAUGUGUUGCAGUUCUCAUCCUGAUUGUUCUCGCAAUCUGUUAUUUCAAGAAAAAGAAAAAGAAAAAGGAAGGCUUUCAGAAAGGCACUGCUGAAUAUGAGACUACAGGUGACGGAGACUCUGUGGAGCUCCAGAGUGGUAAGCACAGCGCUGCUGUUGGUCCAACAUUACUGAAUGAGAAAACGUCUGAUUAAGAAGAGGAUCGUCACUGGACUAGUCAUCGAAUGUAUUUGUGCCGUCCAUGUCCAUGUUGAUUGCGCAGGCUCAUGGAAAGUGUUUCCGCAGAAAGACUGAGAUUAUGAAUCCUCAGCAGAACAAGCUCAAGCCUUAGCGAAUGCUCGAGGGGGGCUUCUCUGAUCAUUUACAUUUUAGCACGUCGCUCAAAACGCCUUCAUUUUAGUCUUGUAUAUUUCAAUAGAGCGAUGCCUUGUAAGCCCUCUACAUCAUCAUAACAGUUUUUCAUUGUCAGUAAUUAUGAAGGAGUGAGACCUCAUGGCCCGGUUGUUCAAAAGUAUUCCUACAGGAUUAGAGCUAUCGGAUUGGACCAGAACUUGGUUAUUAGAUAAGAUCAGUGAUCAAAUCCUGUCUUUUUAUCCGGAUCAAACCCCGAGCUUGAGUUCUUCAAAACUCUGAAGAAGGAUCCAGAUUACUUUUGAUCACAUAAAAUCUGUAUUAUCCUGAUUCCAGCAGAGGUCUAAAAAAAAAAACAUUUGUCAAACAACACAAAGUUCUUAGAGGGGAGUGGAUAUUUGAAGACAUGAUUGAUUCUAUAAAAGUCUAUAUCCAGAACAGCUUGAUCCAAUACUGUUUUACUUUGAGGAAAAACUGGACAAACCUGAGUUGGUUCUGGAAAAAUGGAUUUCCAAGCCCAGCUCAUUUUUAUCUGGAUUGAACCUUUUGAUCAACCGGGCCCAAUAUUAUUAAAGAGACAUAUACUUGCACUAAAGCACGCAGAUCAGCUCAGCUUUGCCAAUACUGCACAUUUACACAAUGACUUAAACAAAGAAAAAUCUGAAAAGAAUUGCAAUACAGCUGGCUUGUAGCCGAUCAAUCCUCUAGUCUUCUACAUUUAGCUCCCACUAUUACAGAGAUAACAGAUGAGCACUGUGCCUGAGCAUACGGGAUGUUCAACACGCCUUAAUGAAGAAACUGUGUAAGUUUGUUGUCCGACAGUUCUUGUGGUAUUUCCUGCUUUAAUGUUAGCCUACUUUAGUUUUUUUUUUGCAGAAGAGUUAGUGUCGUCAAAUACCAGGACUUCAUUUUUGUCCCCUUGUAGCUUCACUUGAUUAUGUUUUCACUGGGAGAAAAAUGGUUGUUGUGUUUCAUUGUUCCAAAUUAGAUGUUUUUGUAUUCCAGAGUUUCAGUUUCAGAAAAAAGUGGAGGGAUAUUGAAAGUGUUGUUGUGGAUAUUAUAUCUGUUGUUACAUAAUGUUGUUAAGAAAAAGAUCUUGGACAUGUUUGCACUCGCCCGGCUUUUAAUCUUUAUUUAUUAUUAAACUUAAGUUUGAAUUAUAAAAUCUCAUUGAACAGUUUUUGCAUUGUGUAGAGGCAGGGGAAAAAACUCCUGGCACUACUUUUUGGAAUCGACUAAUGAAAUAAAACAAAACCAAAAUGACGCCUCAUCAGUUCAUAAUGUUCUAUUACGACUUCAGCCUCUUCAACCAAGGUGUAGGGUUUAUUUGAGUGCGCAGUGGAGCUUGAAAAGUUUAGAUACAUUAAAGGAAGAAUGUACAACUUUGAUCCAGCAGAUGUCGCCCUUGAGCACCAGCAUGAAACCAAAACAAACUAUAUGGCCACACUGAAUCCUCCACUCUCCUACAGCGACACACCUCCAACCCCUCUCCCGUUGCAAACGCACAAUAGUGCACUUGGAGUAAGCAGUGCACAAAAUGAUCCUCAUCUCAAACUGCAUUGUUGUGUUAGCGGGCUAAUGGUAGCACUCUUUAGUUUGCUCGUAGCUGCACAUUGCAUGUACAUUUAAAUGGAAUAACCAUGAUCUAAAAAUGCUUAUGUGAUGUUCAAAUAAGCAGUGAGUACAGUAAGUUAUUCUGUUCUGUAGUCCUUGACUUAAACAGCUUUUAUACACAAGAGGAGGAGCUGGCCGUCCCGUCUGUGUAAACUCGAUGUAAAGACGGCUCACUUAGACUGUCAUGACUCAGAUAUUUAUAGAGGAUAUACUGGAUUUCUGCUUUAUUUAGGUGUAAAAUGUCACACAUUCUUCCUGUAAUGGAUGUUUAUCAAGACCUUUAUGUUAUUUCUCUCCUGUAUUUAGUAUUUACACAGUUUACUAAAAGGCCCAACUGAUGAAAGGAGAUGGAAAUGAGCAACAAAUAUGAACUCUGUGCAACACACCAGUUUCAUGAUUUGUGUUGUAACUAUGUUAAAUUGCAUUGUCCUUAUUAAAUUCAAUAAUUUGAUUGAAAUGCAACACA